CACAAUAUAUUAUAGAUAUAGAUGUUUUAAAAUUUAAAAUAAACAAACAGAAAAUUGACCAAUACAAACAUGUAUUGUAGUCGAUUUAUUUGAAAAGUAUAAACAACAAGGUCAAAUUGACCAUCAUCAUAAAGAUGGAUGAAUGUAUAAUUUGAAUAAAGAUAAAAGUAUUAUUAUUUGAUGUUGAAAUAAAUUUAAAAUUUUAGCCCAUUAAGAUGAAUUGCUUCCCCACCCCCACCGUUGAAUGAAAAUAGAGAGAGAGAAAAAUUUCGUUUGACCAUGGGCCACUGCAAUGGUAGAUCAUCAUCAUUAUGGAAAAUGAAUAAUGUACAUCAUCAUCAUAAUAAUAAAAAUGAAAAAACCAAAUGAAUUUCAAAUGAAUGACCAUCAAAAGGAUGGUUGGAAAAAAAAACGAAUUUCAUUAACCAUCUAAUUAUCGCUCAUGGCAAAUCCAUAAAUGAAAUGUUCAAAUUUAUUCGAUUAGUAAAUAUCGUGUUUUUUUUUUGGUAAAAAUCAUUCUCGCAUAAUCGAAUUGUGUGAGCAUCAUCACAUCAUCAUCAUCAUCAUCAGGUUUAAAACAAUUCAUUUGAGUAAAUUUUAAAAAAUUUAAAUUGAAUUUUGAAUUUUUUUUCUAUAAAUUUCAAAUUAAAAAUGAACAUUCUACAACAAUUUACUGAAACAUCGUUGAUGUACAACAACCGACGUAACAGCCCCAGUCAAUCAUCAGAUUCUAAUCAUCAUUAUCAUGAUCAUCAUCAAGAUGUUUUAUUUGGUAAAAAUUUAUUCGAUUCUCAUCUAUUAGGCAAAAUAACUGCAUUCGAUUUGGCCAUAAUCAUCAUAACAUUAAUGGCCAUUGGCUAUAUGAUCAUUAUUGUCAUUUAUAAUUAUAUAUACAAAUAUGAUCACUAUCGUAUAUUGAUGCGUACAAAACGUCAACAUCAUUUGGAUAGAAAAUAUCGUCGUGGUUGUCGUCGACAAACCGAUUCGAUUGAAUUACAUUCAUUAAAAAUGUUUGCUACCGAUUGAUUUGAUUGAUUAAAUGUGAUAGAAUGAAAAA